AUGGAUCGUUGUCCACAUGUGCAAUGGCUCGGCCUAGAAUGUUUAGUGCCAGACUGGGCUCUGCUCGACUCGGAUCGUCUGAACAUGGUCAUCAACCAGCUACGAGACCCUCUACAGCAAUUCCCCUCCAUACUAUUAUUUCUGGGGACCAAAUCAAAAACCACUGCUUUAAGGGGAUUGUAUGUCGGCAACAACCCUACGCGGCGUCCCCCGCAUGGAAUUGCAAACCUCCACGUGGACUCGAAUACAACCGAGUCCGAACAACCCAUUAUUUUUGCCGACUGUACGGUCAAGGCAGAGUGUUCCAGUUUAACCGACGGUUAUCAUGGCUGCCAUGACCAGAGUCGCUUUGCAAUUUAUCGGGAGCAAGACGAUCCCAUCCUGAAAUUGUCCAGCAUGGUGGCAUAUGUCCACCUUAACCUUCUGUUCCCCUUCACACACGUGGUUUGUAUCUUUGCGGACGACUUUGGAGGCAAUGCCAGUUGCUCUCAAUACAUCGACAACUGGAUUCAGCUUGGUACUGAACAAGAUGCCCUGGGACGCCCACAGCUGGUAAUCGUGACCAGUCAACUGACGAGGAUCGAUGCCUUUGUGCAGAUCGAAUGCAGUUCCAAGUUCUCCUUGCUCUUUGACUCCUUGGUUAUCCUUACUUCCGAUGUCUCCGCUUGUCCAAGUGAUCCCGCGUCCCAGUUCUUACAGACGCGCCUGAGGUGCAUCACUGACGACGUGAGAGAGGACCGUCGUGCGCGUCACCUGCUGUUCAGUGGCCUGCACGUGGUGGAGGCGUUCUCUGCAGCAGUGCCACAGUUUGCACGAAAUCCGAGGAGAUCUGUCGACAUGCUAAGAUGUUUCGCGCAGCCUUCGAUAUCCUGGCGUGCCUUUCGCACCUCUCUGAAUGCCUUUUCGGCUGUAGCUGCGAACAUGGAGUCGCGGCCGCAGCUAGUUUUUGAUUUCAUUGCCUCUACAAUGCUAGUGCACGCUUAUCGAGCGCAGACUCACCGCUUCUCUCCGGCCUUGAUGUUCAACGAGUUCUUCCGCCAACAGCUCACCACGUCUCAAAUGCCUGAGAGAUACAAUGAUCCAAGCGCGAUUCAAGCGCGAUUCGUGGAACUUUUUGAUCUGCUCAAGUUCGAAUCUUCGGCUAUCGAGGCCGCCCUUGGCACACACCAACCUAUUUCGGAUUACUUCGAUUACUUUAUUGGCACAAGCGCUGGGGGUCUGAUCGUCCUGGAUCACGUGAUUUGCGGCUCGUCUCUCGACACCAGCAUAGAUCGGUUGGAAGCCCUUUCCCAUCUAGUUUUCCCUAGUCAGACGUACAGGUUUUGGUCACUCUCUCGACGUCUACUUCACUGGCUGUCCUGGUGGCUGAGUGACAAUAAAUAUGACACCGGGGCUUUAGAAGAUGCGGUACAAGACGCCUUUGGUGUUCAUCAACGCAUGUUCGAUUCACGGAGUCAACCUUCGCUAGGAACUAAGGUAGCGGUCACCGCGACCACCGUGUCCACAUCCCAGCUUCGGUUGUUCACGAACUACAACGGAGUGGCACGAUCGAAGCAAGGAAAGGGCUAUGCUAUCUUACGACCUUCCACGCCUUCCGCCGAGGCAUAUCUCUGGGAAAUCGCCCGAAGUACCUCGGCGGCUCCAGGGUACUUUCGGCCCAAAAUUCUCGGCCCUUUCGGGGCGUUACAGGACGGCGGGAUCAGAGCCAACAACCCAACCGACGCCGCUCUCUGGGAGUUGAAUUGUAUAUGGCCUGAAUCCGAUGGACCUAACUUGGUUCUUUCGAUUGGGACUGGUAAUCAGAAACCUGUACAGCACGACACCGGAUCAUAUCGAGGAAUAUGGCUUGACGGUUUCAUUCCCCGAAUACUACGAGCCUUCUUAUCCUCACCGUCCCUCGACGCUGAUAGCAGUUGGAUGGCUCUUUGGAAUCGCCUCGAUGACAUUACAAGGGAGCGAUUUCAUCGUCUGUCUUGCGAAUUUGACGGCGACUUUCCCUCUCUGGACGACAGCGCCCAGAUUCUUCGACUGAUUCAGAUGGCUCAGGAUACUACGUUGGACUUAGACGUGCUGAAACGCAGUCUAUGGGCAUCACGUUUUUUCUUUGAACUCGAGUCUAAGCCCCGGCGAAUCCGUGGUUAUUACGGCUCGACAGAACCACUUAUACGAAAACUGCCAUUCCAGCGACUGGUGCGCGAGAUUGCAUCGGAUUACAAGAUCGACCUCCGCUUCCAGUCAACCGCAAUAGGGGCAUUGCAAGAAGCCACAGAGGCAUAUUUGGUGUCACUAUUUGAAGAUGCAAAUCUAUGUGCCAUCCAUGCCAAAAGAGUUACCAUAAAGUUGAAGGAUAUUAAUUUGGCACGACGUUUACGCGGAGAUCGUGUUUCCUGA